CCACAAACACACACAGUCCCACACAGAGGAGCAGUGUGUUCAGAGCAGCGGUGCCAAACACAAACACACACACAUACACACACACACACACACACUCACGAUCCUCCGCUCAGACUGAAGGACGAACUGCCCGAAACGGAGCCGAAAAUAGCCGGAACAUUUGGAAAUAUCGAAACAGGGAAGUUGGAUUCGUGUGGUUCAGUGGCGGAAAAGCGAGCCGGUCAGCAGCAUGUUCAGCUGGGUCAAACAGGAGCAAGGUGGCCGCAACAAGGAAGGAGAGAUGUACCAGACGGUGACGGAGGGACUGCAGAGCCUCUACACCAAGAAGCUCCUGCCGCUGGAGGAGACCUACCUCUUCCAUGACUUCCACUCCCCGGCCCUGGAGGCCGCCGACUUCCAGAGCAAGCCCAUGGUGCUGCUGGUCGGCCAGUACUCCACCGGGAAGACCACCUUCAUCAGGUACCUGCUGGAGCAGGAUUUUCCGGGGAUGCGGAUCGGUCCCGAGCCGACCACAGACGGCUUCAUCGCGGUGAUGUAUGGCGAGAACGAGGGCGUCGUCCCUGGCAACGCUCUGGUGGUCGACCCCAAAAAGCCCUUCAGGAAGCUCAAUGCGUUCGGAAACUCCUUCCUCAACAGGUUUAUCUGCUCUCAGAUGCCCAAUCAGGUUCUUCAGAGCAUCAGCAUCAUCGACACUCCUGGUAUCCUGUCAGGAGAGAAGCAGCGAAUCAGCAGAGGUUAUGACUUUGCGGAGGUCCUGCGUUGGUUCGGCGAGCGGGUGGACCGGAUCAUCCUGCUGUUCGAUGCCCACAAACUGGACAUCUCUGACGAGUUCUCUGAGGCCAUCAAGGCCUUCAAAGGACAAGACGACAAGAUCCGAGUCGUCCUCAACAAGGCCGACCAGGUGGACACACAGCAGCUGAUGCGGGUGUACGGCGCCCUCAUGUGGUCGCUGGGGAAGGUGAUCAACACUCCAGAGGUGGUGAGAGUUUAUCUUGGCUCCUUCUGGGCCAAACCCCUGCAGAACACUGAGAACAGGCGUCUGUUUGAGGCAGAGUCUCAGGACCUCUUCAGGGACAUCCAGAGUCUCCCGAGAAACGCGGCGCUCCGUAAACUCAAUGACCUCAUCAAGAGAGCGAGGCUGGCCAAGGUGCAUGCCUACAUCGUCAGCUACCUGAAGAAGGAGAUGCCGUCUCUGUUUGGGCGGGAGAAGAAGAAGGAGGAGCUGAUCAUGAGGCUGCCGGAGAUCUACACCAUCCUGCAGAGAGAGCAUCACAUCAGCCCCGGAGACUUCCCCAACGUCACCAAGAUGCAGGACAUGCUGCAGCACUACGACUUCAACAAAUUCCCGUCUCUGAAGAUGAAGCUCAUUGAGUCGGUGGAUAAGAUGUUGGCCACAAAGAUCGCAGUUCUGAUGGCGAUGAUCCGGGAGGAGGAGUCCAAGCAGCCACCGGCCAUGGUGUCUGGCGGCGCUUUCGAGGGCUCCCAGGAUGGGCCCUUCGGUCAGGGCUACGGAGAAGGCAUCAGCGCUGGGGCUGACGCCGAGGACUGGAUCGUCAGCCGUGAGAAGCACCGCUACGACGAGAUCUUCUACAUGCUGAUGCCCGUCAAUGGCAAGAUCACCGGCGUUAACGCCAAGAAGGAGAUGAUGAACUCACGGCUGCCCAACACUGUGCUGGGGAAAAUCUGGAAGCUGGCCGACUGCGACCGCGAUGGCAUGCUGGACGAUGAGGAGUUCGCGCUCGCCCAGCACCUCAUCAAGAUCAAACUGGAGGGCUACGAGCUGCCCAAUGAGCUGCCUCCCCACCUGGUGCCCCCGUCUCACCGCAAAAACCCCAUCGCAGACGCCCUGUACAAUCACAGUGAGGACUAGAGUGCUGCCAGUGUGCCAAACCAGAUGUAAAAAAUGACCACAGAGCAACAUUUCUGCUGCUGAUGUUCAGACUAACAGAAGAACCAAUCAGCACCCUGCCAGCCACAGAAGGUCAGAGGUUAAAAUUUCGGAUUUACAGAUGAGGAGCUUACCGCCAAGAUGAUCUUCAGCCGUCCCCAAUUUAACUGCUAAUCAUAUGUUCAAACAAUCUGCACCAAAGAAGAAAAAAUCUAAUGUAGCUUCAUAUUUUACAAGUUUAGCUUUAACUUGAUACUUUUAUUUUGAAGGAGGAUAGUGUUGAUUGUCUUGAUGUUUAACCAACUUCCUGGCUUAAUGUGCCUUAAUGUACCCUAACCCUAACCCUUUGUGUCUGUAUGCUACAGUAUGUGGGCAGCAUGUGAGCAGCUUCAAUAAGCACCUACAUUAUACAUUAUAAUGACUUGCUGUAACUUUCUGGAAGUUUUCUGUAUCUUCUCUUCCUCCUGCUUGUUCCUUCAGAUGAGUCCAAAAUAAGUUCAAAAGGUUUCCCCAUUUCCAUUGAUCUGAAUAAUUUAUUCUCUAAUAUAAUGUCAGAAGAGUCCAUGCAAACACAAGUGUUUAAUCUGAAUAUGCAAAUAUAUUGUAACAUUAUAAAUGACAAACACUUCAAGUUCCAGAGUCAUAUAGACAUCUGCAUUUCAGAGUCUGUCCUGUUUGAACGAGAGGACAGUGGAAAAGGCUGCUCGCUCUGCUGCUGCUGUUAACUUGUCCUUUGGGAAGGCCGACGUCCUGAAACGUGUUGCCAUCCACAGUUUGUGUCGGUUUCCUCACGUUGUAAACGGCAGCAGAGGAGAAGAGCUGGUGACCUCUGACCCCUGCAGACUGCAGACUUUCCUCCUGAUGGAAAUGAGGGAAACACAUUAUCUGUUUUGUUUAUGGAGCUAAAAACAAACUGCAACGUAUGACGUGUUAAAAUAUUAUUUCAUGGUCCCAAGAGAUCUUUAAAACCAAACAUAAAAAACCACAAAUAUGAAAAUUCUACUGCAUAACAAAGAACAUCUAACUGUCCAUUGGCAAGCUGUGCUACCCGUAGCUAAUGUGGACACGCCUGUCAGUCUUUUCAUUUUCAAACAGGAAGGUUUACAGCAAUAACAGAGUCACAGCUACCAUCAAAAUCCACAAUAUUUUUUUUGGAAUAUUUUUUUUUUAAUUUUGCUCUGAGUGUGCCUUCGAGUCCAACAGACAGUUCAUUUGUUUAGAAAAGUCAUCUUUGUCUUUUCUGUGCAAAGGAGCUGCCUGCCGUCAGUCACAGAUCCAGACAUUAGCUAACAGCGUUAUGAAUGGUCAAGGUGUGUUUAAAGUGAAUACGACUCCAACAGCUGGACUGAUCAGUUUGAUGGAUUGGAGUCAUGAAGCCUUUGGAUGAGUGCACAUUUUUCUUGGAGUUAACUUUGUGUGCUCUGCCUCUGAAAUCUGCUUUGCGUUCAGUCUGAACACACCUUCAUAAGUUCAUAUUAAUGCACAUCCUGUCAAAGGCAUUUCAAAGUUAAAUUUGCACAUUUCCCCAGCAGUGCCUCCCCAUUUCCAAGCAUUUUCAGGUUAGAAAAGAAGCUUUUUUAGGUUGAGUCUGGUGAGGACAAUGUGACAGCAGUGCCUUUUCAGUUCAACACGCCUCAGUCAGGCGUGUCGCGAUGCUCUCUGUUUCUAUGACGGGACUGUCGUCGUCCUUGAGGACUCAGCGGAUGCAAGGCUUCUGUUCAGUGCCUUUAACAUGCAACUAUACUGCUCAAACUCUGUGUAUUUUAUAUUUUCAUUAGGGAACAUCUGUAAAGCCAUUAGUCCUGCCUAUUUCUGAUUUAAGCACCAUAAAAUUCAACAUGUGACAUCAGCUGAGUGGGGGUCUAUGGAGCCUGGACAGAGGCUCAGUUUGUGUUUUCUGUGUGUAAAGAUACUUCUCUCAGUCAGACUGUACAUUCAACAGAAAAGUCAGAUUAAAUCCUCGUUUAUCUGAAUGUAAGAGUUUUUAUUUUUGUGAUUUUAGUGCAUUUUGUAUUACUGUUUUUUGAAUGUUACUGGUCAACAGCCUGUCACUGUGUUUGAGGAUGUUUAACUCAUGGCUUCACCCUGUUAGCUGAGGUGGAGACCAAUAAAGUUUAUUCAGUACAUAUACUCAA